AACUGCACAGUAGCGCGAGCUGUCCACUGAGGUAUAAAAGAACGGAGCUUUCGGGCGGUGUUUGUGGGAUUGCAGAAACACGCUAGCCUCCCCCCUCAAAGACAUGAAACGGCUAUGCAUAUGUGAGAUCUGCAGCUGUGGACGCCAUCGCUGCCCCCACCGACCCACAGCUCUGUAUGGAAAGCCCAAUAUGACAUGUGUCCUGACCGAGUACACAGAGAAGUACCCCGCCUAUGGAAGAUACAACCCGCCCCAGAGCCUGAAACCAAAGCCUGUUAACCACGGUGACCGGAGAAUGGAUGGAACUACUACAUUCAAGACUGACUUUAUUCCCUACGUGGUGACUCGACGCCCGGGGAAACAGCAGGCGGAGUACAAACCCAAACCUGGAGACAUAGAUCUGGGGACCACCUACAAACAGGACUACAGCCUUUAUGAGGUCCAACCCUUCGCCCCUUCCAGACCCAGCGAGAGGGUACGCACAACAGGGCACAAAAUGGAUACAGUGCCUACAUACAAAGAGGAUUUCCGACAGUGGGAGAUGUGCAAGCGGGAGCUGAAGAAACCUGACCUGACCUACCACCCGCCAGACGCCAAGUUCGACGGCCACACCACCUUCCAGGACGACUUCCUCUCCCGAGGCCUUGCCCCCAGAGAGAGCUUCAAGCCCUCCAGUAUCCCCAAAAUGUCUGAUACCCCCUUCGAUGGGGUGACCAGUAACCAGCAGUGCUAUGUGUCCCACCCUCUGGAGGCACGCUGGGUGAAGGCUCCAGAGCCCUAUAAACCCAAUAGCCAGCCCCUACAAGACCUCACCACCAACCGAAGAGACUACCAGGGCCUGCCAGGACAGCUGCCCCAGAGCUAUAAGCCUAACCCUGGAAAGGUGACGUCUGACGUUCCCUUUCAGAGCAGCACAGAGUUUAAGGAGCGUUUCCAGCAGUGGCCCGUGUCCCUGCCUCAGCUGCACAAGAGCCUGCAGUACGUCAGCCCCACAGAGCACAUGGACAUGAGCACCACGUCUGGUUCAGUCUACGUCCAACACAACAUCCAGCCCUUCAUCUCUGCCAAGCCCUUCAAUCGGCCCACUAAUUCAUCAGCUCCCUUCCAGGUCUGUACCACCAUGAGGGAUGACUACCAGCCUUGGGAGGUCAAGAGACAGGCCAUGAUCAAGAAGCCUGAAGAGAUGCAGAGAGCCACCGGAAGGAUGGACCACCUCACCACUUUCAAGGCCCAUUUUACACCCCACGAACUGCAGCCCAAUGUGAGCUUCAAGCCAGCUCAUGCCCCCUUGAGGGCUGAUGCCCCAUUGGAGAGCGGCACCAUGUACAGCACAGAGUUCACCCCCAAGAGGAUCAGCGUUUGUCCAGCUAGCUACGACUCCCUGCCGGGCUUCGUGUUUGAGGACAGCGACGACAGGGGACACAGGUUCUACAGGAAGUUGCCAUCUAAGGACUUGAACAAGAUGGCCGCCGGCAUGGCGGUGGCUGUGGUGUCAUAACGUUUGACCAUGAUAUUUGGUGACCAAUGCUUUUAAUCUUAAAAAGAGCGUGUGAAGGCAAAACUACUUUUGUUUGGUCUGUUAUGUUUUCAUUUUAUUUUCCUACUACCUGUAUAGUAAGUAUCAAUGAUGUGAUAAUCAAAUGGAACCAACAAUUAUGAACAAGUCACAAACAGGCCAUUAUAAAAUAAACUUCCCUGUAUUCUGGUUGAUGGUUUCAAUUGAAUAGUUGGCUAAUCUUUGUUUUACAAAUGUUCUAAUCAUUAGUAAUUAAAACAAGCACUUCAUUUCUUAAUGAAUUAUCCUUGUGUAUCCAUGUGCCAAAUUCUGCAUCAAGUCACCAGUCACACAUGUAUUGAAAUUCAAACAAUGCAGAACUUUCAGGGUUAUUUUCAGUCCAAAAGAAUUGUUCAAAGUUUAAAAGACAUACCGGAAACGUCAUUAUAAUCCUGCAGUGUGAUUUCAUUUGAAGGAGGCAAUACAUUUCUUUUAACUAGAGUUUAGACAACAAGCUAUAGAAAAAUAGUGGCCUCUUUAUAAUGCACAUUGUUGGAAAAAAGUUUCAUAUAAAAUCACACUGACAGAUUGAGUCUUAUGGUCUCCCUCUGUGUGUUUAUAAUGAGUAUUACCAAACAAAAUAUCAGGUGAUCAAACUGUCUUUAUUAUCUUAGUAGGUUGUCUUUCUAGAGCCUUUAAAAGUUUUGUUCCAUAAACAUGUUCCUUCAGUCCAGUUAGGAUUCUACAAACGGUAUCCAUGGUAACGUUAUCCAUAUGUUGUCCUAAAUAUCAGUAGCAUUGAUUAUUGUCAGUAUGCAUUUGUUUGAGUGAGUGGCACUUGAUAAUGUGUGCAAAACACAUGACAUGUCUCUACAAAUCAUUGGUGAUUGUAGGUAAAUGCAUGAGAAUUAAACCAGAAGGGAAAGGUAUUAAACACCUGUGAUCCAACAACAGCAAGUGCUUAUUAAUAUACUGUAUGGUUUCUAUCCAGUCUUUUUAAACAGGCGUUAAGACAACUAAAUAAGGUAAGAAAAUAAAGUCCCACAAAAAAUCUACAUACUCUCAAUGUACAAUAUUGCACUUAAAACACAGUAUUUACAAGACAUUUUACAAUGCAGCACAUUGGUUGGAUAACCAAAACAAUACUAAAAAGAAACAGCCCAUUAUUCAAACAGAGAAAUAUGACAGUCAUGUUUUCUCUCGGGGCCCAUCCUAAAUGGCACCGUAUUCCCUACAUAGUGCACUACUUUUGACCAGUACUGCAGUAUGUAGGGCAGUGGUGGUGGGCGGGGCCCGGAACAUCAUUAUAGAAAUUUGUACAAUGCAUAUGGACCACAAGCAAGCAGAAAAAUAGAUUGAAUUGGAAAAUAACAAUAAAUUCAUACCUUGAUUACAUUGAGCCACAAUCACAUAUGUCUCUCUUGUUAUUAGUGGGAAUAGAUUUUGGCCCGCCGUCCACCUGUUUCCGACCCCUGAUGUAGGGAAUAUGAUUGGGUGCCAUUGGGAACACAACCCACACCUCUCUCGGUCACUGCAGUGCCUAUUUAUUCCAAACAGUGAUCAUUUCUGUGGACAAUUAUUAUCUCACAUAAUACAUACUACUGUAUGCACUGUACUCUGAUGAAUAUGUUUCAAAUGUAUGUACACAUUGAAUGUUAACUGUUAUGGCAAAUAUGCAAUAUCCAAUAAAUCAUGUUGAAAUCGCUUUUCCUCCUACUGUCUGACUAGUAGGUUCUAAUGCAAAUGAUUUGGUUCAGAUGGUUGUUUUCUUAUGUCAAUGACGUUCCACUACAAUCUGACAUCCCUUUGCCUUCACACAUGUCAAUGGUCUUAUAGGAGUCUGCAUCACACAUCCAGUUCCUACUGUAUACUGUAUGUACAUGUACAGUCAGUGGUGUAAAGUACUUAAGUAAAAAUACUUUGAAGUACUACUUAAGUAGUUUUUUUCUGUGUAUCUGUACUUUACAUGUACUUCACAACAUUCCUAAAGAAAAAAAUGUACUUUUUACUCCAUACCAUUUCCUUGACAUCUAAAAGUACUUUGAAUGCUUAGCGAGACAGGAAAAUGUUACAAUACACGCACUUAUCAAGACAACAUCCCUG